AUGCUUACUUCAUUGGUGACGCUGGCCUAUCGAAUACUUGUCAAACGCCAGUCAUUGUUCUUUCCACCAUCUAAAGAAAGAGGAAUAUUACGACCGCGACCUGCAGAUACCUUUCAUGUUAUGGCUUGUUUAUUCUGUUUGCUCUCUGGUAUUGAUAUAAUUUUUCUACUAAGGGAAGCCUAUAAUAACAUUGCAGUGGCAGAAAUCGGGUAUGUAUUACCUCGUAUACUCACUCUAUCACUGUCGACAUUAUACCCAAUUAGUCUGAUUUACUCAAUAGCCUCGCUCGAUCCUAUAGCCAAGAGCCAGAUACGAUGGACACACAACACUUGCAUGCUUGAUAUCAUAAGCAUUAGCGUGAUACUCGGUCCGCUUGCAUCUGUGCUGCCAAUUGCGUAUUUUACUGGUCACAGCGCUGACACCAAUCAUUUCAAAAGUGCCAAUAAUAUACUCAAACUGCAGUUUUUUCUCAUCGGCAUCUGGGACUUGGCUUAUACUCUUGCAAUGAUACUCGUAUGGUACAAGCUAAACAAUGUGUUGAGAGAUUACGCAAAAAGCUUGAGAGAAAUUCAUAGGAAAGGUGUUUAUUAUCAAUGGAGAGUCAUGGAGUUGAAAAGCUUUAAAUGGAGGGCACUACAGCGCGCUUCCUCUCACCGAUCUCACCGAACUUACCGCUCUUCACGUCGUUUCCCGUCCGUUUAUGAGACGUCUACUGCAGCAAGGCCAGGUGGAUCUAGAUACGACGGUCGUUGGCCAAUGCCCAGCUGGGUCGAUCAGGAUGAAGAAAACAUAACGAACCAACCCGAUAUUUCAAUCGAGAUACCGCUGGACCCAAUACAUGCUGGGCAUGCUAACGUUGGGACAUCGUCGUCAUCAGCAAGAGAUAGUAAUCCAUCUCCAUUUAUUUCUCCGUUGAGGGGCAGCAACAUUUGGGAUAUAGAUUACAAGAACAAGAAGAAGACUUCGAACUCGGCAUUGUCUGAUACUUUCCGUCGUGGGAAACUUGGUAAAGGUGUGGCUAGUACAUCCACAGUACAGUUUGAUGAUGGAUCUGGAACUGGGUUGCCUUUGUCUGCAGUUGCAAUCGGAUUAGAUGAUGCUGCGACGGAAGAUGAAGGUAAUCGAGCUCCUGAAGAGAUCGAAGAGUCCAAGGAGACUCAAGAAGCCACCAAUGAUAGUGAUGUUGAGAAAGAUGAAAAUGGGAAUGGAGGAAAUGGAGGAAAUGGAGGGGAUGGAGGGAAUGGAGAGAAUGGAGAUGAAAGCGAGGAUGAGAUUGACAGGAAAGUAUGGCUUGUACAGAAGCCUCUUCGUGCUGUCCUCAGGGGUGAACAUCAGUUGCGUGACGUCUAA